UGAAGAUUCAGUGUGUCACCGUGCAACCGGCAACAGUUCGCGUACAGUUUCUGUCAGGUUUUCGUCUGAAAAUUUAGCUUUCUUCAAGAGUUUGAGUUAGACCAGAAUGAGUGAUAAGAUGGGCAUGGUAGACCCAGAGUUCCAAGGAGCCGGCAAGAAGGAAGGAUUAAAAAUAUGGCGCAUUGAGAAGAUGAAGGUAGCCAAGAUUCCAGAGAAGGACUACGGUUACUUCUUCACCGGUGACUCCUACAUCGUACUGCAUACCAGAGCAUCAGGAUCUACUUUUGUGUGGAACAUCCAUUUCUGGCUCGGCAAAGAAACAUCUCAGGAUGAGGCUGGUGUGGCAGCCUACAAGACGACAGAGCUGGACGACUCACUAGGGGGUUCCCCUACCCAGCAUCGGGAAGUACAGGAACAUGAAUCCAAACUCUUCAUGUCCUACUUCAAGAAAGGAGUCAUCUAUAAGGCUGGUGGUGUUGCGUCUGGCUUCAAACACGUGGAGAGGAAUAAGCACGACCCCAAACUGUCAAAGGUCAAGGGCAAGCGAAGUGUCAGAGUCCUUCCUGUUCCAUUGUCGUGGGAUUCCUUCAACAACGGCGAUGUGUUUAUUCUGGAGCUGAAUCAAGUCAUCUAUGUCUGGAGUGGAUCCCAGGCUAACCGACAAGAAAAGAUUAAGGGUGGUCAGUUUGGAACGAUGGUGAGGGAUGACAUGUACGGUGGCAAGGCACACAUUGUCUACCUCGACGAAUCCGACCAGAUGCCCGAGGAAGUCAUCAAAGCCCUGGGUCCUGUGCCAAAGACCUUCAAAGAGUCCGAGUCUGAUGAUGAGACGUUCGUGAGGCAGCAUGUGUCCAACACCAAGCUGUACCAUGUUACGGAUGAGUCUGGUGCUCUAGUCGUUACAGAAAAAGCCAUCAGUCCCCUGACCCAAGACCUGCUUAACUCCGAUGACUGUUACAUCAUCGAUCAAGGCGGAGCCGGUAUUUUCGUCUGGAAGGGCAAAUCGGCCACUCAAAGGGAGAAAGUCAGGGCCAUGAAGAAUGCCGAGGGGUUCAUUAAAGCCAAGAAGUACCCCAAUGGUACUAAGAUCAUGGCAGUCAACGACGGAGCCGAACCGACGGCCUUCAAGUUUAUCUUUAAGACCUGGAGAGGGAAGAACACCACACAAGGAAUGGGUAAAACUCACUCAAGAGGGAACAUUGCUAAAAUUGAGCACAAGAAGUUUGACGCCAGCACCCUUCACAAAAAGAGCACAAGUGACUUUGUGGCAGACCCAUCCCUGGCUGCCUCGUCCGGUAUGCCAGAUGACGGCACUGGCACAGUCAAGAUCUGGCGCAUUGAGAACUUUGAGUUGGUGGAGCAGGAUCAAGCCCUCUAUGGUCAGUUCUUUGGCGGUGAUAGCUACGUGAUUCUCUACACCUACAAGGUCAAAGGAAGGGAACAAUACAUCAUCUUCUUCUGGCAGGGCCAGGAAUCUUCCAUUGAUGAGAAGGGUGCGUCUGCAAUCCAUGCUCAGAGGAUAGAUGAUGAAAUGGGUGGAGCACCGGUCCAGGUACGAGUUGUUCAAAACAAAGAGCCACGGCACUUCCAGAUGAUCUUCAAAGGCAAGAUGAUCAUCCACAUGGGAGGCAGGGCCAGCGGCUUCAAGAAUCGGCAAGAAGAAGACAAGGCCGAGUCUACAGCUCGUUUGUACCAAGUCAGAGGAACCAAUGAGCUGAACACAAAGGCUGUAGAGGUUCCAGCGAGAGCAAGCUCUCUCAACUCCAACGAUGUGUUUGUUCUCAAGAUGCCUAAGGAGACCUACUUAUGGUGUGGUAAGGGAGGCAGUGGUGAUGAGAGAGAACUUGCUAAGACUGUGGCCAAGACAUUAGCUGGAAGAAGUGCUGAUUACACCAUGGUGCCCGAGAGUCAGGAACCAACAAGCUUCUGGGGUGCCUUAGGAGGCAAGGCACCAUACGCAACCAGCAAAACAAUGGAGGUCGAGGAGCCCGAUUUUCCACCCCGCCUCUUCCAGUGUUCAAAUGCCAAGGGUAACUUCAUUGUUGAGGAGAUCAACGACUUCUCCCAGGAAGACAUGGUUCAAGAUGACGUCAUGUUGCUGGAUGCCUACCACACUGUGUUUGUUUGGAUUGGAUCAGGAGCUAACGCCACAGAGAGAAAAGAAGCCAUUAAGAUUGCACAGGAGUACAUUUUGUCUGAUCCGAGUGGCAGAGACAUUGAUGCCUUAUCUUUGAUCAAGAUCAUGGAAGGGAACGAGCCGCUGCAUUUCACCGGUCACUUCCACGCAUGGAAUCCAAGCUAUUUCAAGGACCUCCCUAAUCUUGAGGACAUGAAGUCGCAAGCCAAGAAAGAGAACGAGAAGAUAGCGAUCACGUUGACUCCGAUCACAGUGAGAAUGGAUCAGGUUCCCAAGAAGGAUGAAGGAGAGAACUUCAACGAACUACCCAAAUACUCCUUGGAGAAACUCCAAUCAGCCGACCUGCCUGAUGAUAUUGACCAUAGCAAGAAGGAGUAUUAUCUGUCCGCUGCUGACUUUGAGAAGGUCUUCAAGAUGAAAUUUGAGGCGUACAUCAAGUUACCUGGCUGGAAGAGAAACAACUUGCGAAAAACCAACAAGUUAUUCUGAGAUGGUUUUUGUUUUUUGGGUCUUCACAUUUAAAACGGUCACACAAUUAUGGCUUGUAAUUUGACUACUUUACAUAGGGCGUAAGAAACCAAGAAAAUAAUAUUUCAAAGAGCCCCUGCAUGCGGGAUAGAGAAUCUAAAAAUGUAGCGUUGUUAAUUAUUCGAGGCAAUUGAGUUGAAUUUUUAAGCUAGUGUUUUAACAGCCAGAUGCUAACCUUGCAUGCCACAAAAGGGAAUAGGUUUGAGCUUUUUAGAAGUACUCAGGAUUCUGUAGUAGCGGUAACUUUAUUAUUACCUUGUUUUUUAAACAAUCAAUGCUGAUGAUCUUAUUUUUCAAUAUCAUUCAGAACUCAAUAACUACAUAAAACUAAUACAUUUUAAAUUUACACGAUAGAAAGUCGUUGUAUUGUUUGCUGCGGUAAAUAUUUUGUAUGUAGAUUUUAAGUUUUUUAAAUUUACCUAAUGCGAGCAGAAAGAUAGUGUGAAGAUGGUGAUGUUGAAAUAUUAGUACAAACUCAGAUUACUCACAUAAGCACAUGAAUAUAUAAUUCUGUUUUUUUUUAAUAAGUUGUCUGGCAAACCUAUUUUUCUUACCCUUUGACCUUUACGGAGGUCACUCUUUGACAUUUAACCUCCAAGAGGUCAUUUUACUAAAGGUUGAUUUGGAACCAGCCUCAGGACUAUGGUUUCUUCCUAUGUCUCAGUAGCCUCGUUUCUUGCUAACCGGCGUAAGGCACAGAAGUGAAUCAGUGACGCUACAGCAAAAUUGCAGAAAGCAAUGGAAGUAAUGAAUACCGCGGAAAGCAAUGGAAGUGUCGAAUACCGUACCGAUGGCUAAAUAGACUUCCAAACAAGUUGUUAAAGUGAGUACGUCACUAAGGUGGAACAAAAUGUACGCACUCAAACUUGCUUAAAGUUGAUCUAGUUUUAACCGAGAGAAGCCCCAUUGACUGUUCCUCUCAAAAUCGUGUUGGAUUUUCCAUUUCAAGAAUCGAGCUUGCUUGAAACAUUUUUCCAAAUGCAAUUGCAGACAGCGCGCACUCCUGGUUUGGAAGGUAAACAGACUUUUUUUCUUGUCAAUUUUUGUUUAAGUAGCAUUAUUAGUGAGUUUUAUUAUAUGAAUGAAUGUGUGUUUUUCUGAUGGUGUUUUUUUUUUUAUGUGGGGUCAAGUGUAUGUUGUGUUGAGCAUGUGACAGAGAGAAGUCUCCACAACCAGUAGUUAAAGUCGGUGACAUCUUAGAAUCCAUUGUUGUAAUUUUGAUGUUUUUAUGAGAACCAGUCAUCUUUCGGAGCAUGAAUGCUUUCAUCAGAGAAUGAAGAGAGAAGCGGACUAAAAAGUGGCCACUGGGCCUUGGCUCUGCUGUCUUUCAAAUCUUCACCCCCACUGUCUUUCUUGUUACUCCAUUCCAAAGCUCUUUACCCAAUUCCUAAUCAGGGCCCAAUUUUAGAGGGCUGCUUAAGCAAAACAUAUUGCUUAACAGUUUUCUGCUAAGCAAAUAUGAGCAGGAGUGCGCAACAUCAUUUGCUGUACUGAAGUUUGUGGUAGGUUUGUGAUACCAGUCACAGACAUGUGACAUGGUAGUUUAACUGGUUACCUUACUGGUAAGCAUAGUUUUGUUGUGCUUAGCUGCUUCAUGUGCUUAUUUAAGCAGCUCUUUGAAAUUGGGCAGGAUGUGUUUCUCAUGUCCGCUGCUUCUUAUUUCACAAAAUGAAGAUUCUUUCAAAACCUUUUUUUAUCCCUUUCUUCCCCGUUUGAUUUUCCCUAGUGUGUGCGUGUGUGUGUGUGUAUUUACAGGGACAAAUUUCAAUCUCGGUGAAUUUGAAGCUUUCAUGAAAAGCUAGUGUUGGAUAACAACAAAACAGCGCUAACUCUCAAAUGUCAUCAUAACA